ACUGGCAGUAUAUAGUUAGCCACUGGAGAGGAAGCCUGUCCUGUUCUGGGGCCCCUGAGAAGAAGAGAAUGGGUGGCUAUCUCCUCCAGGAAAAGCUGUGGGCAGGCUGCAAGCCUUUCGCCUUGAGGGGUGCUGCUUGGGCCCGGGAGAGGGAAGGAAAAGUCGGAGGCAUCCCGGUUAAUCUUCCUCGGGGCGCCCAGGGUACCCGGUCAGAGGCAUGGCUUGGUCUCCCAGUUUAAUUAAAAGGCCACUCUCCACUGUUUGAGUAAGGGCAGGGGAAGUAUUUCACUGCAUUGGCAGCCUGUCCCUCCCCGCCCCUUGCACCCCAGAUUUUGCACAACCCAGCAACAUGAGGGGUGAGAGAUGAGCAUGCACCUAGCUAUGCGCAAAUGUGGCAGAAUCUUUCUGUCUCUCUUUUGACCUUUGAACCUUACAUGCCAACUCAUACGUUUCUCCUGGUAUCUUAAGAAUUCCUCCAUGAUCACAAGGGAGGAAGCACAUGAGUGCUGUGACCACAAAGAGUGAGUGAGUUAGAGGGGCAGGAGCAAAAAGGGUCCAGCGUCCGUCCGCAGACACAGCCCGAGACCUGCAGGGCGUUGAGGGUCUGAUUGGCAGGAUGAGGAGCAGGGGAGAGACUCCGCCUGAGGCCACUGAAUUAAGCUCAUCUUGAAACAUCAUUCAGGGAAACAUGGCAGAAGGCAUUAAUUCCUUUCACCGUAAUGAAGCUGUUGAUAUUUUACAGAUGGAAAAGGUGAAAAUGCUGUCAGACAAGGUGGAGAAGCGGAUUGCUUCAUCCAUCUUCAUCACCCUCACACCCCCCAGGAGGGAUCACAUGGUCAGGAGCGAAACAACACCACAGAAGGCUCCAUUUCUGCACAGUAACAACCUUCCGAAGGAGGAUUUGACAUCUGCUGCUCUCUCCCCACCCCAGACAUCUUCUGGACCCAUUACAGGGAGCAGAGGACACUGCUCGGGAACAACCAACAUUCCCAACGGAGGUUGUUCUGCCUCGGUACCUCCAUCCAUCCUGCCCUGUAAUCCAACGCACCCUGAGCUGGACAGUUUCCUUCCUCCUCCUCCUCCACCACCACCGUAUUCUCACCACUUCUCAGUGGAGACUCUUGGUCCUGAUCUCCAGAAAAGAACAGCAGUGUUAUCCUCUCAGACUUCUUCAACAUUUCCAGCAGAACUGAGGCAACCUAAAAUUCUGCCCUCAACCCUCAGUUGGGCUGAUGAGCAUCAGAGAGAGAGGAAGAUGGAGAAUGCUGUUUCAAAAGAUAUCUGUGCUUUUUGCCACAAAACCAUCUCUCCUUGGGCUCCUACCCUCGAGGCUAUGAACAAACAAUACCAUGCAGACUGUUUCACAUGUCGAACAUGUCAUGGUGCCCUAGCAGGGCAGCGCUACUACCAGAAAGAGGGACGGCCACUGUGUGUCACCUGCUACCAGAACACCCUAGAGAAGUGUGGCAAAUGCCACGCCUUAAUCCUGAACCAAAUUGUGAGGGCAAUGGGCCACGGAUUCCACCCGGAGUGCUUCAUCUGUGUGGUGUGCGGCCGGGCCAUUGGGGACGAGACGUUUGCCGUUGGUGAUGAUGAGGCGGUGCAUUGCCUUGAGGACUUCUACAGGAGGUUUGCUUCCGUAUGCGGUGCCUGUGAGAGGCCCAUUAUCCCAAGCGACGGGAAGGAUUCCUACAAGAUUGAGUGCAUGGGGCAAAACUUCCAUGAGGACUGCUACCGGUGUGAAAGAUGUCAGGUCUUGCUGUCCCCUGAACCCACGGAAGACGGCUGCUACCCUCUGGGCAGCCGUCUCCUCUGCAAGUCCUGCCACAUUCGACACACCAAAGAAUCAUCCUGCUGAGCAGACGAAGGACAGGCAUCUUUCUGGAGGCUGCAGCUCAUGCUUUGCAGGAGGUAGCAGGCGGAGUGCCCUCAGCAUUUGGAUCUCCUGUCUCGCCCCUCCUGUUGUUUCACCUGAGACUUUUUAAAAAAUGUCUGUCUGUGUUGGGGCUUAAUCCUGGGAGUGGGUGUAAUGCAAUAGUUGGCAAUGAGAUUUGUUCAAGCCUAAGGCAGAGCUAAAGGAAUCUUCCCUCACAUCAUUAUUUUUGCUCCCAAGAAACUCCCAGCCAGUGGCCAUGGCUGACAGCCCACAAGCCAGUACGCUGCUUGUCCUAGUAAUGUGACUGAGCCAGGAGGAGGAUUGUUGGAGCUCUUUGUCACCAGUAGAGGGCACACAUUAAAGGUGGGCCAACUGCCAAUUAUCCAUGGGCAGGAUUCCCCCUGUGGGCUGCCAGUUGCUUUCCACUGGUGUAAUGUGAGCAUCUUUUUCCAAAGAGGGGCAAAGAGAGAGAUGUAAUGUGUGAAACUCUUUCAGCAAGGCACAGUGUUGGUAUGUGGAAAGCUCAGUUGCAGAGAGGCCGAUGCAUCCAAAUUUCCUUACUUUGGGAUUAACUCCCUAUUUUCUGCCACAUUUACGGCUGUAUCAAUACAGGAGCAAGAGCUCUGUCUUCCCAGAGCAGUGUAAAUGGCAGCUGAAUCUUGCUAACAUCUUUCUUUUCUGGGUAAAUGUUCUCAUCCCUGCUCUUCAGAUCUCUGCUCUUCUGAAGUCCCUUGGGCAGGCUGAGAGUUCGGUUUCUCUUAAAUCAGAGUGGUAGAUUUAGCUUCACAGUCACAAACAUUGCAGGAGAGGUGGGCCUCUGGGGAGAAAAGAGCAGUCAAUUGCUGGGUCUUUGAACACCAACCUUCAUUCCCAAGUGCCUCCACUGUGCUCAUAUAGGAGAUAAGAGAAUAUAGGAAGGAGGUGAGGCCUGGAACAAACCAAUUUUAGUUGUGCUAUGACCUCACAAAUGUAUUGGCUUCUGGAAGAAAGGCUUAUCUCCAGAACCACAUCUCAGUGGCAAGGUUCAAAACAUCUGAAGUCGUAAUGAAGAUAAGGCUGCUUUUGAGCAACUACUGAGUAUACCCUCCCCCCAACACACACAAGCAAGCAAAGGACUACAGCCAGACCUACACACCUGGGGUCAGGGGUGAAAAAGACCUUUCAGGGUAUGAGAAUGUCAUAACUGAAUCUUGACAUCUGUUGUUGAUUAGUUGCCUUUUCAAUGUAAAAAUUAAGCAUAAUCACACAUGCCAUUAUUUGCUUUGAACACCAAACCCCGAAGAACAGUUAAUUGUAACUCAAAAGCUUGUAUCCAUUUUGAGCUGGGUUAUUGUCUCAUUUUGCCUGAUAAAGAUUUAAGUGAAGGGGGAAAAAAGAUUUAAGUAGUGUGUGUGAGAGCAUGUUUAGGCACUCUGCCAUUAAUUAAUCAAUUCAUGUCUGUCUUAUCCACCAGGAGGCAGCACAAGGCAACAUUACCUUAACAGCAUUUUCUGGCAAAGGCUCUGUAUUAGGUAGGCCCAAAGGGAUCUUUCCUCCCUUUUUUCAUACUAUGCCCUCCUCAGAUUGAAGCUGCCAUGUUAUUAAAAAAAUGGUUUUUCAGACAUUAUUUAAAAUAAAAAUGUGUAAUUGCUUCAAGCAGUUGUUUAAACAUACUGAAACAAUGGGGGGGGGGUAUGGGACCAUCAGCCUUGUACCACCAUCACUCGGGAAUUCUCAGGGGAAGGAAACAGUGUAGUUUUGAAAGCUCCAGUCUGCCAUCUUGUUCAAAAUGGCAUCCAACUGAAUCAAAACCUUGAUUGUGGGAACCAUCAAGCAAAAUUUGGUUAUGGUAUCUUAGUAAGUGUCCAAACACAUAUUUUAUCUCCUAUACACUUUCCCAAAUAUAUAGUAGGUAAAAUGAGAUCCCAGACUGAUCAGGUAAUGUUUCCUUUUUGCUUUAUUACAACGGCCAUAACAUUAUGCCCUUGAUUAAGUACCGCUUCUAAGAGCUGAAAUUACAUUGUGUAUGUUAUCUCUGGAGUAUAAUUACUCUGUAAAAUAGUCCAGUUUUUCUGUCAUCCCACCCCAUAAUUACAGGUGUGGACUAAGGGAGACAUUUCCCUGUUUCUUACCAAAAAGAAAUAUAGUGAUUAUCCGGGAGAAUAAGCUGGCCUUGGAUGAAGACAACAA